CAGAAUCAACUCGUUUUUAUUCGGAAUAAUCCGCGGUUCUAUGCAUGUCAUUUUUUUUUAUCAACCGUUGGCAAGGAAAACAGAUGGGGGUUUAAAGAGAGGAUCUUUGAUUACAUCUCACAUUUUGUAUUUUCUUCGAAUCGGAUAGUCCUCAUUUGAAGAGGUAAAGUGAUUCAAAUAUGAAAACAACAAGUGCAUCCAUUCUAUGGCUGGACAUUGAAUCUAUGUGUGACCACUGAACCGGCCCAUGAAGAUUGAAUGAGCAUGUUUGGCACGGCGGCUGUGGCUCUGAAUCCUCACAUUGUAACAGCGCGUUACGCACUCGGCCUCCCCUGGACGCACUUAUAGCGCACAGGAUCGACUCUGCUCUUCUCUCGAGACUGACGGUGUCGUAGCCUACUAUUUUGCCCACCAUGGUGGAACACAGUGGCCUGGAUAUCAUGUGUUUGAACAAGUAUUGCAACAGCUCGUCCUCGUCGUCCAGCUCCGAGCACGAGAAGAAGACAUUCACCAAGAUCAAGCUCAACUUGUCGGCGGACUAUCCGAGGAAGAGCUCGGAGAUCCUCAGUGGCCAAUAUGGCACCAACGUGCUACUGAUCGGGUUGGCGCUGAUGCUGGCCAUUGCCCACCAUGGACCCUCUGUUACGGAGGAGAACCUGUUGUCGUUCAUCACCUGCCUUAUGAUCAUCCAGUUGAUGUGGAUGAUGUGGUACAUCUGGAUUAGGGACAGGAAGAGUGAGCUCCAGACGGAGAAAGAUGUGCACGCCACGACCUGCUGGAUAAGAGGUGGUUUGACUCUUCUUGCACUGCUAUCAUUGAUCCUGGACGCGUUCCGUAUUGGUCAUUACGUGGGCUUCAAUUCCUGUGUGUCGCAUGUGCUUGGAGUCUACCCUGUUGUCCAUGCAACCCACACAAUAGCACAGGUGCAUUUUCUAUGGUUUCACAUCAAGGAUGUCAUCAAGAACUUUGAAACAUUUGAGAGAUUCGGUGUAAUCCACGCCGUAUUCACCAACCUGCUCCUGUGGUGCAACGGAGUGAUGUCAGAAGCGGAACACUUCCUGGACAACCACAAGAGAAGACUGUAUGCACAAGGCUAUGGAAACCUCACCAUAGUUCACUCAGAGCCUGACUGUAACUGCACCACCAGCGCUUGCUCCAUGUUCUCCAACAGCCUCUACUAUCUGUAUCCCUUCAACAUCGAGUAUCACAUCUUUGUCUCCGCCAUGCUCUAUGUCAUGUGGAAGAACAUCGGAAGGGUGAUCGACCUCACCUCCAACCGCAAGCGGUCGGCUACCAAGAACCAGGGUCUGAUCCUCGGCCCCAUCUUGGGUCUGGUGGCCUUGGCCAGCACCAUCGGAGUGCUGGUGGUCUACGUGAUCCACGUGGAGGAAUCCCUGCAGAUGCGCCAGUCAGCCAUCUCCAUGUUCUACUGUUACGGUAUAAUCAUGCUAGUUUUCAUGUGCUCAGCCGGAGCCUCUGGUCUGCUCAUCUACCGCACUGACCACAUGCCGACCGACACCUCUGAGAACCCAUCCAGGCAGCUUGACACGGAGCUCCUGUUUGGCUCCUCUGUGGGCUCCUGGCUGAUGUCCUGGUGCAGUGUGGUGGCGGUGCUGGGCUCUACCAGCAGCCCGCCGUACCGGUGGACUAACCUCAUCUACUCUCUCUUCAUCAUCCUGGAGAAGUGCGUCCAGAACCUGUUCAUCAUCGAAUCCUUGUACCGCCAUCGAGAUGACAGGGAGGAUCCCGAUCUGCCAGCCACGCCCAAGAUCUUCUCCGUGACCUCAUCCCUCGCCCCCCCGUAUAACGGCAUCCUCAACAGAGCCUACGAGACGCCAGAAAGGGACUGUGCGACCAUGGACAGUGAGCAGGUGGAAAGUGGACAGGUGUACAGAAGUCCUAGGAAGCCUUCCAAGGUGCCCCUGACCGAGGGGACAGUGGGGGAGCCGCCGUGCACCAAGAGGCAGAUCCUGAAGAACAUUGCUAUAUUCCUUCUGAUGUGCAAUAUCUCGCUGUGGAUCCUUCCCGCCUUUGGCUGCCGGCCACAGUACGACAACGGACUGGAGCAGGAGGCCUUCGGCUUCAGUAUAUGGACCACAGUUCUCAAUUUCGCCGUACCCAUGAACCUUUUCUACCGCAUGCACUCAGUGGCUUCCCUCUUUGAGGUGUUCCGCAGGGCUUGAUGGAUCCCAUUGGGCACUGACAAUGAUGGACCGCAUGCACCGAACAUCCCGCCACCUGCGGGAAAGCAGAAAGAAGCUCCUCACAGCACUGGUCCACGGCUGUGGCGGCGCUCCGAGGGCAUUACUGAACGGGUGUGACAGAAAGCCAUGGGGAGUCACAGCAUACACACCCCUCCGUGGAGGGGUUUGAUAGGCCAAUCAAUCGUUAUUAGCAAUGUGUUUUCUAAAGAAUUACCUUGGGUUCACGACGAAACGAUACGAGGAACUGGAUUGACAAAACAACCCUUUGGUGUGUCCUAGUCAAAGAAAACCCUUCCAAACAUUUGCACUCAAUGGCUUUUGUCCAGCAAACAGGUGCCACAUGAAUGAUGCACACAUGACACGUCAGCCAUUGUUUCUCUAAAGGGGGCAGCAUGGCUAUGCUGGAACUAGUCCACCAAACAGUCCACUGAGACACCUCUGAGUUCCACUUCUCUGAAUAGAGACGUGUGCUGUACUUUGUGAAGUAAAUCAUGCAGCGAAACAUAUGUUAAUUUCUUUCACUUAUUUUCUUUGCAUUUUUAAUUUGUUAAAAAAUGUGCAUAUUCUAAAUGGAUAAUGUUCUCAUCUGUUGCCAGCAUAUUAACCAAGGUACUCUCAAGUAAUCGAAUGCUACUACUACACUAUAGAUCUUGCUAUGCACUCUCUUUGUUAUAUUCAUAAUGAGUUGGAUAAUCGUUCUCAGACCUGUACUUAUGGAGUAUGGACUUCUCAAGUGAUUACAUGUUGCCAAAAUUGCCACGGUCUUUUAUUUUCUAUUUUUUAUCUCCUAUUGCGCCUGAUAAAUUUUUUUCCCUUUGCUCAGAAAGACCCCGGUCUAACUGCCCUAAAGGUUCCCUUCUCCAUGUGGCAUACUGAUAAUACUAAUUUAGUCAAUGGGGAAUUAAUCAUUUAAUAGGUGUAUGACGUACGGUGUCUAAUAGACUGUAAGACUGUAAUCAAUUUGCUUCAUUACCCUUAAUUAAUUAUGAGAACUAAUUGAACGGCAGAUUAGGAGGGUUAAUAGACUGUUCAUCAAAGCAAUGGCUUUGUGUGCGCACAUUACUGAAAAGAUUGUUGAUGACUCCCAGUCCUCAGACAAAUGGCACUUUGUCAGUUUACAUCUCAAACAUACAAUUCGAUAAAUGGGUCCUAUUCUGUGAACAUAAAAUAAAUUUUGUAACAAUAGUUGCAUAGUUGUACUAUACAAUUGUAUUUUGAUUCAAUGUGUUUUUAUAAGUUAAUUUGAUAUUAUUACAUUUCUCAACCAGGUGCUAUUUACUUUUUUUUAUCUUUCCAGUAUUUGCCAACUUGUGGUGAAUGCUUUUGUUAGUUACUCAAUGCGAUAGUAUAACAUUUAUGUAUAUACUGCAAUACAGAUCAAAAAUCAUAAUUAAAACACUGUGACAA